AUGGCCAGGAAGGCCUGCAAUGCACUGCAGAAGACGCCGAAUCGGCACUUGAAGUGCUGCUCCUUCAUAUCAGUUGUGGAUUUCGACUUCCGCCCCAUCCACAGCAACUGCAAGAAAAUCGAAGACUACCUCAACCAGCCCGAAGGGCCCUGGCACAAGGCGGCGCUCGAGCAGGCUGUGGCGCUCUGCAAGGACACGGUGAUGCCCAACCUGAAGGGCACCAUCGAGCUGGGCUUCGAGAACGCCUUGCAGGUGGCGGCAUCCGCUGGGCCCGUGGCCCAGCGCAUGAAGCAGCCUGGCGAAUGGGCGCGGGGCCUAGACUGGCGCUUUAUGCCGGGAGCUGCGAUCGCCUUGGGUGGGCUGACCGGGCUUCGUGGCUUCAACACCAUCAUGUGCCUUGGCUUCUUUAAGCUGCCGGCAAAUCGGGAGAUCAUUUGCUUUGCACCGCCGGCAGCUUUGGCAUUAGCCCCAGCGCUGCUGCGAGGGGCGCUCAAGGUCAAGGUGACUGCACCCCAGUCGACCAUCCCGGGGAUGUUCGUGGUAGUUCUGCCGCUGCUCUACUGUCCCAUGACUUGGGGCAUGUACCACAUCGCCUUCCAACUGGUGGGGGACCUUUGGAUGCUCUUGGGGCUGCUGGUGCUGGCCUUUGCUCCCAUGGUCUACCUGGCUCUGGGCACGUACUACUCCAUCACCAGGCCUUUGACGGACAAAGCCAUCGCCAAAGUCAUGGUGAGCAUCAAUCGCGCAUCCACGAUCCUUGCCAUCAUUGGCUACGUCUUCAUCUGCACCUUUGCCUGGAAACGCUACCAGCUGACCAUGGGAGACUCCAGCGAGCCGGCAGACCAAAACAGCGUGGAGCGAGAUGCCUACAAGUACAUUGUGCAGCAGGUCGCAGUGCUGCAGCCUAGCUUUUGGCUGCAGCUGGCAGGCGUGGCACUGGCCAAGUACUUCUUCACCACCCUGGCGGGAGUCGACUGGAUGAUGGUCGAAAUUGGGAAGCAGCGGCAUUAUGAGAACUUGCUGGAGAUCGCGCAGAAGAUCAGGGACCUAGAAGCCAGCGGUGCCGCGGUGAGGUAUCCUCCGGGCUUGCGGACGGAAGAGGAGCGCGAAGAGAACCUGAUGGCGGCGGAAGAGCGGGGAAUGCGGCUGGACUGCGUCUUUUACAUCCUUUUCGACGAGGUGCCAAUGCACGUGAUGGAGGAGGAAGCACCGAUCACCGUCACUGGCCGGGGUCGACGCACCACUGUCCUGCAGCCGGCGGUGAGUGGCUUGCUGGAGGUCGAGAUGGAGAACUUGCAGGAGCGAGGACAAUGA